UUCUGAGAAGGAUUGAAGUGACCUUUGUGGACACGGUGAUACGUGUGGAGCACACGCCCAGAAGCGGAGAGGCACCCGGUGUGGCCCUGGAAAUUCACAUCAAAAGGUUGGAGUACUGCGAUGAAGUAGUGCGGGACCCCGGGCAGGCGCUCACUGUGGACAUCCAUCAGCUUCCAGCCUUUGUGCAAAAGAUUCUUCAGCUCAGCAACGUCUUGCUUUACUAUGAGGAAUUUGGUGAGGGCAAAGCCAGACACAGCCCUCUGAUUCAGAUCGGAAGCUGCUCUGGAUACACCGAGAUGAGGAUUAAGCUCAAGCAGAACGAGGCCUUCCCUGGAGCCAAGCUGGAGUUAGAUGGGAAGAUUGGAUCUCUGCACCUGCUGCUCGCCCCUCAACAGAUCGUGCACCUGGCGGACCUUCUCUCAUCCCUGAACCUGUCUGAAUCCGGCAUUCUGCAGGAACAGCUGAGCAAAAACCGCCCUCUGGAUUCUGAAGAUCUGAAGUUGAUUGAGCAAGACCUCAGCCAGCAGCUGCAUUCAGGGUUGGCAUCGGCUCCUGCACAUCUGGAGGGAAUGGCUGCUGGAGUGGAGAACGGAGAGAUGUUCUUCUCCAUGGCACCCAUGACAAGCAGUGUAACGUCUCUGCGUUCAGUCAGCGACCUCUCGGAUCUGGAUUCGUCGGUCCACAGUGACAUUAGCACAACUCCCUUGCAGCCUCCAACCUUUGUCCCGGGGGAACAGCUGAGCAAAAACCGCCCUCUGGAUUCUGAAGAUCUGAAGUUGAUUGAGCAAGACCUCAGCCAGCAGCUGCAUUCAGGGUUGGCAUCGGCUCCUGCACAUCUGGAGGGAAUGGCUGCUGGAGUGGAGAACGGAGAGAUGUUCUUCUCCAUGGCACCCAUGACAAGCAGUGUAACGUCUCUGCGUUCAGUCAGCGACCUCUCGGAUCUGGAUUCGUCGGUCCACAGUGACAUUAGCACAACUCCCUUGCAGCCUCCAACCUUUGUCCCGGGGCUGAUCCUAGGAAGCCCCCGGCGUUACAGACGGCUGCCUUUUGCCUCAACCCUGCCAGGUCUCAAUAAGAUACCAGGCAAGGCAGGCCCCUUGCCGCCCCCCUCCUUGGACAGCCAGCGUCCCGAGAUGCUGCUGCGGGUGACUGUCGGGGGGCUGACCGUGACCCUGCUCCAUCAGCCACCUGGACUUUUCCCAUCGGAUGUCCUCUCCCUCGGAUUAGCUCAGCAUUUCUUCUCCCAGCUGGGGGGUCUGAAGGACACCGCCUUCGGAGGCCGGGAUUUCCAUCCCCUGCGCCACUGCUUUGAGGAGGCCAUUCCACGCAGCCAUGUCAGCCUGGGCCCCGUUCCUUACAGCCAGGCGCCUCAGCCCUGCGCACGGAUCCGGUCCAAGCACUUGGAGAAGCUGCCGUCCUCCAAGAGGGGCCUAGCCAGAGGAGCCUCGUCCAAGCUGACGGUGGAGCUGACGGUGGAGCUGGCUAAUUUCCUCUGUGAAGUGGACCUGGGUACGCUGGACCGCCUCUGCUCCCUGUUGCAACCCGCCAUGGUGCCACCCCGGCCGGGUGGCUACCCUCCCGAGGAACCCGUGCCAGGUUUCCCCCCGGCUGCCCAAUGGCAGGCCAACGUGCAGCUGGUGGCCCCCAAAGGUUCCCUCCUUCUCCAGUUCCCUGUCCCGGACCUCCGGGUCUGGGCGGAGAGGCGUGCCUGGGCCGAGAAGGCGGUGCGCCGGGAGCGCUUGCGGCUGGACCUGGCCGGUGUUGAGCUGCACACGGAUCUGGAACCGACGGGUCCCGUUCAGUUAGAGGUCACGCUGACCGACUUGCACGGCAUUUAUGAAGAUGGUGGGACGCUGUCAGUGCCUUGUUUUCGGGUGGGCAAAGCCCCUGACUUACUGGCCAGAGGCAUAGGGAAGAAGUAUCUCCUUCCUAAGCUCAUCUUGACCUUCUGCCCAACGCCUACGGAUGCCCCUUGGGAUUUGGCGCUGGCAGCCACCGAAGAGGUGGAGCUGUCGACAGUUGAAAGCCCCUGUGAGCUGAAGCAGCCUGAGCCUUCACCCUUCUCCUCCAAGCGGACGAUGUAUGAGACGGAGGAGAUGGUCAUCCCCGGAGACCCCGAGGAGAUGGCCGAGUUCCAGAGCCAGACGCUGGCCGCCUCCCACUACACUCUAGAGCUGACCUUCCCUACUGUUCACAUCUACUUGCCGAGCAAGAAGUUCUACGAAAGCAUCUACAACAGGAUCAAUAAUGACCUCCUGAUGUGGGAGCCCUUCAGCCCGCCCCCGAGCCCCACGGAUCCUCCAGGAGGGGCUGGAUCAGCAUCCCCCUUUGCCUCUGACGGGCUCCCGCCCACCCACUGGCCGGAGAACUUCCAGAUGUGCAAGUCAGCCUUUAAGCUGGAUUCGGACUCCGAGGACGACGAUUCCCACUUCUACUCGGCGGACCAGACGGGUGUGCAGCAGAAAAGAGGGGAGCAGAGGAACCCCUUUCCCCUCAGCUGCAUCUCUGUCGUGCUCCGGGUGGGCCAGGGACGCAUUACAGCGCUCUGCAAUGCCAAAGGCGAAGGAGGCAAGAAGCUGGAAGCCGCUCAUGGGGAACUCGUCCUGGAUGUGGAGAACGGAAGCCUCUUCAGUGUUUCUCACUACAAAGGCCGUGAGGACAUUGGCUACUUCUGCAUUGAAGCUGAGAAGGUGGCCCUUUAUCACAAAGCUGUUGUGGAGGACUACCUUACAGCUGAGCACCUGGAGAUUCCCAAUUUCCUGCCCCCCGAUGGGCUACACCCCACCAUCUACGCCUCCCAAGAGGGCUCCAUCAACUGGCCUCUGGGGGCCAAGAAGGAUGUUGUCAAGAUGUUGUCUGUGGCCAUCAAGAUCAACCUGGAUUUGGAGAAGAACAUAAAGGAGUUCCUGGUGACGCUGCGCCUUGAGGGCGCCACCAUACGGCACCGCAUGGCGCUGGCCCACCAGAGCUGGUACACGCAGUUGAUCGACUUCCUGGAUGUUCCGGACGACCCCAUCCUGGGCUUCGUGCCCCCCGCCAUCAUCACCAUUUUGCACACCCACCUCUUCAACUGUGCCAUGGAUUACAGGCCUCUCUACUUGCCCCUCCGGGUCCUCAUCACAGCAGAGACCUUCACCCUCUCCAGUAACAUCAUUGUGGACACCUCGGUCUUCCUCCUUCGGUUCAUUUUGGAUAACUCCACUCUGUUCCUCUCCAACAAAUGUGAAGCAGAGACCGGUGACCUGAAUAAAGAUUAUGUUUGCGUGGUGGAAAUGGAUCUCCUGGAACUGGUCAUCACGACGUGGAAAGGAGACAUAACUGGGAAACUGACCCGGCCCCUCUUUGAGUUACGCUGCUCCAACAACGUGGUCCACAUCCACACGUGCGCUGACUCUUGCGCAGCCCUUGCCAACCUCAUCCAGUACGUGGUCAACAACGGGGACCUGCACCCGCCACCUCGGCACGACAGCCCCACUGAGAUUGCGGGGCAGAAGGUGCAGUUGCCCGAGAGCCCGGCUUCUCUGCCCACCUGUCCCCCAGCUGAGACGGCGGCCAUCAACCAGCGAGACCUCACAGAUGCCCUCAUGGAUACCGAACGUGGAUACCCGGAAAUGACUGGUGAGACUGGUGGGGAGCAGGGCAGGCCUUCACCAGUCUCGGUGUAUCUCUUCCCCGGUGAGAAAGGAGCGGCAGGCCAGGGGAAAACCCCACCGCCCCCAGUGAUCCCGGUGGGUAAGGGGCUUGACUUCACCCCUUCGGAGGACAGCGAAGGCGAGAGCGAAGCCACGGAUGGUUUCUGCAUUUUGGAUGCUCCAGGAACGGGCAUUCCGCCGCGGGAUGGGGAACCAGUGGUGACAAAGCUCUUGGAUGGCCCGGUUCACAUCCAGGAGGGUCACUUCUCUCGGCCCCUGGGCAGCACGGAUUUAUUGAAGGCCCCCUCGCACUUCCCGAUGCCGGAGAGCCGAGUCGUGAUGCGGGAAAUUUCAGUGGUCUGGCAUCUCUAUGGGGGCAGAGAUUUUGGGCCAGGGCGCUCGGCGUCUGGCCACAUGACGAAAUCAAGCCUUCCCAGCACCCGUUCCUCCCCCUCUCGGUCUUCGGUGCCCGGCCGACCCCAGAGCUCCUGGCGGGCUCAAGGAGGCCCUGGCCGUAUCCAUGACCUGCUGAUGGAGAUCCAGCUUACAAAAGUGAGCUUCCAGCACGAAUCCUACUCGGGGGAUUCAUCCGAGAAGCUGUCCGUGGAAUCGGAGGAGCAGCCAUUAGCCAGGCAGGUGUUCAUUGUCCAGGAGCUGGAGAUCCGAGACCGCCUGGCCUCCUCGCAGAUCAACAAGUUCCUCUACUUGUACAGCAGCGAGCUCCUGCCCCGACGUGCCCAUUCUAACAUGCUUACCAUCAAAGCUCUUCACGUCUGCCCUGAAGCUGGUGGGGGGGGUCCCGAGUGCUGCCUGAGGGUCUCCCUGAUGCCUCUCCGACUCAACAUAGACCAGGACGCCUUGUUUUUCCUCAAAGACUUUUUCACCAGUGUAGUGGCCAGCAUCAAUCCUGUCGUGCCCAUUGAGGCUGGAUCUGAAGGUCCUGUCGAGUCCCCUGGGAAGGACUCAGCCGAGAGGAUGAUGGCGACUUCGGUAGAGACCACAACCAGCGAAAACAGCUCCAGUGCCUCCUCUUCCUCCGAGCAGCCCAUUUAUUUCCGGGAGUUCCGGUUCACCUCCGAGGUCCCCAUUUGGCUGGAUUACCACGGGAAACACGUCACCGUGGACCAGGUGGGCACCUUCGCCGGCAUCUUGAUCGGAUUGGCUCAACUCAACUGCUCCGAGCUGAAACUGAAGAGACUCUGCUGUCGCCACGGGCUGCUGGGGGUGGAGAAGGUGGUCAACUACGCCCUGACCGAGUGGCUGACAGACAUUCGCAAAAACCAGCUGCCGGGCAUCCUGGGCGGGGUGGGACCCAUGCACUCCUUCGUGCAGUUGUUCCACGGCCUGCGGGACCUCUUCUGGCUGCCCAUCGAGCAGUACCGCAAGGACGGGCGCAUCAUCCGUGGUUUGCAACGUGGUGCCGCCUCCUUCGGCACCUCCACCGCCUCGGCGGCCCUCGAACUCAGCAACCGCCUAGUGCAGGCUAUUCAGGCCACCGCCGAGACCGUCUACGACAUCCUGUCCCCCACGGCUCCCCCGUCACGCGCUCUACCAGAUAGGAAGUACGCCCGCAAACUACGACGGAGCCAUCAGCCGGCAGAUCUACGUGAAGGGGUGGCCAAGGCCUACGACACCGUGCGCGAGGGCGUCAUAGACACGGCCCAGGCCAUCUGCGAUGUGGCUGCGCGUGGGCACGAGCAGAAGGGCAUCACGGGGGCCGUGGGCGGCGUCCUGCGGCAGAUCCCUCCCACCGUGGUCAAGCCGUUGAUCGUGGCGUCCGAGGCCACCUCCAACCUCCUGGGCGGGAUGCGCAACCAGAUCAAACCCGAUGCCCUGAAGGAAGAAUCCCUCAAGUGGCGCUUGGAAGAUAGCCAGGAUUAGCGGGGUGCUCCUUUGCUCGCCCCGGAUCCAAACCACGGAGCCAGGCCCGCUUCGUCAUUUGCACAGCCACAGAGGAGAUGGCUACGACUGUGAGAAAAGGGGGCUUCAGUAGGGCCUAAAGAUUCGGGACAUGAGCCCACCCACCGGAUCCCGCAGUCCGUGAGGGGUCUGCAGCCAUCUCCUCCCGCCUCGCCCUUGUUUCUGUACUUUUGGGAGUGUCCCGCUGUCCCCCGUUUGAUGCAUGGUCUGCAGCUGUGUUCUCUCUCCCUAAAAGCACUGGGGGGGGAGGGGA